AUGGCCAAUUCGGAAAAAAUUAAAAAGCAGCAAUUGCUCAGACAAACCCCUUACAAUAGGGUAGUCGAAAUGAAUACCUUAGCAAAACAGGCCGAACAUAACCUAGAUGACCGUGAUAGCUUCGCAGUAGCAAUCGGUGAUCUUGAAAAACUAUGCGCGGAUUUUUAUCGUUAUCACAACGCUAUCAUCGGCUUGAUUAACGCAGAGGAAUUUAAUGGGGAAGAUGAUAUUCGAAAAGUCUUCGACUCCAUGGUUCUAGCUAUUAAGACCAUUCAUUUUAAAGUUCAAAAGGCAGCCGAGACCAGUGAGCCCCCUUCGGUUGCUUCCCCCCUUAAAUCUAAUAUCAAGUUACCCAAAGUGGAAUUACCUAGCUUUUCUGGUGAUAUUACGACAUUUGUGCCGUUCAUGGACAUGUUUAAUAAUCUCAUUCAUAAAUCGAGCGAUUUAACCGCCGUAGAAAAAUUUAAUUAUUUGCUUUCCGCGUUGAAAGGAGAAGCUAGAGCGCUAAUAGAAAAUUUACCAGUCACGGAUAAUAAUUAUUUAACAGCAUACUCCGAACUCCAUAAUCGUUACAAAAAUGAUAGACAAAUAUUGCAAGCCCAUUGGAUUGCGAUUGUUAACGCACCCAAGAUUCAUUCGGAGCAUCCGCAGGAAUUGCGAACACUUAUAGACACGUUCUCAACUCAUUUGAAAGCUAUUCGUAAUUUUACCCUUCCUAUAGAUCUAGCGGAUUUUUUAUUAUUCAAUGUAAUGCAUCAAAAGCUAGACUCGUCAUUGAUAACGCGAUUCGAACUUCACCACAAUUCGAAAGAAAUUCCCACUUAUCAUAAACUGUAUCAGUUUUUAGAACACCAAUGGAGCGCGUUAGGCAAUGCCAUCCCAGUUAAACCUCAACAGAAAAAGUUCGGUCCACAUAAGCCUUUUACGCCACAACCGCGAUUUACCACGUCUUUAGUGGCGAAGUCAGAGUCUGUAAAGUGUCCUGUUUGUACCUCGCCUCAUUUAAUCUACAAAUGUCUGGAGUUUCUCGGGAAAUCUCCCCGUGAACGCUACGCCAUUUCUAAGUCGAAACACUUGUGCCUCAAUUGUCUUAGUAAUUGUCAUGUGAGUAAGGCGUGCCAGUCUACUCACAGUUGUCGUCAUUGCGGUAAGAGGCAUCAUAGUCUAUUACAUUUCGAAGCGUUUCCGAGCGGCGAUGGUCAGGUGCCGAAUUCUGCGGAAGCUACCUCCAUCAAACCAAUGAGUGGAGUUGGAUUUGCAUCGCCAGCAAUGGGAGUUUUAUUGGCUACCGCUUUAAUAGAAGUUCGCGAUAACGGCAGAAAUUCUAAGGUUCUUAGAGCGCUGCUGGACUGUGGCUCACAAAGUUCCUUUAUUUCGCAACAAGCCUUUCAUUUGCUAGGUCUGUCUAGACGACAUACUUCAGGUCUGGUGCAAGGUUUGGGUCAAGUAGUUACGGCAGCCAAUUUAGGUUCAGUGAUAAUAACGUUUCGACCGGUAGGCCAGUUAACGCCCACUUUCAAGGUAAAUGCGCUAAUUUUACCCAAGAUCUGUGAUGACUUGCCCUGUGUGUCUCUUUCGGCCGAACAUUGGUCUCAUUUUCGUGCCAAGCUACCGCUCGCAGAUCCUUCCUGUGUCUCUCGUGCAGGUAUCGAUAUGCUUCUAGGAGCGGAUGUCUAUUCACAAUUGCUUAGUGGAGAGGUGGUUAAGGGUCAGAAGGGAGAACCAGAUGCGCUAGGGACAGCCUUGGGCUAUGUAUUAGUAGGGCAACAUACCGCUAGUACUGCUAAUACGAAUCUUCAUUCCUUUAUUACCACGGUUAACACAUGUUGCGAUUUAGAAAGAUCUAUUCAGAAAUUGUGGGAAGUGGAAGCAGUUCCUCGCUUACAGACUUUGUCUCCAGAUGAGGAACUCUGCGAGGACAUUUACAAUAAAACUUACACUCGCACCGACAAAGGUCGGUUCGUCGUAUCUCUACCGUUUCGCGAUACCCCGCCCACUUUCGAAGACAGCCGGUCAAUCGCAAUCAAUCGGUUCCUUCAUCUGGAGGCCAAACUGUUAAAGCAACCGCAGUUGUAUGCGCAGUAUUCUAAGUUCAUGCAAGAAUAUUUAGAGUUUAAUCAUAUGGAACCUGUUCUUCCUCCGGAUGACACCAUUGCCACUUAUUAUAUCCCACACCAUUGCGUACUUAAGCCAGCCAGUUUAAGCACAAAACUGCGCGUUGUGUUCAACGCGUCCGCACGAUCCUCUAAUCAAACCUCCUUAAAUGAGCAUCUUCUUAUCGGUCCCAAACUUCAAAGGGAUAUUUGCACUAUCUUAUUGAAUUUUCGCCUCCAUACGUACGUCUUGACUGCCGACAUCAAAAUGAUGUACCGCCAAAUCUUAAUCAAUCCGGUUCAGUGCAAUUUUCAGAGGAUUAUCUGGCGUUUUACUCCUGAACAACCCAUUCAGGAUUAUCGUUUAAAAACUUUAACGUAUGGAACCUCGCCCGCUCCCUAUCUGGCCAUUCGUACUCUGUUAAAAUUGAGCGAGCAGGAUGGUUCGUCGUUUCCAUUAGCCGCUGCCGCCCUCCAGACGGACACCUACAUGGACGAUAUUGUUACUGGUAACAAUUCUUAUCAACAGACUUUAAAGUUGAAAGAUGAACUUAUUGCACUCCUUAAGGGUGGAGGAUUUGAACUUCGCAAAUGGGCUACCAAUGAUAGUUCGCUUGUCUCGGACCUUCCUCCGUCUCAUGUUUGUCUUGAUGCCAUUAAUAUACGAGAGGAAGAUCGUAAUGACACUCUUAGAAUCUUGCGAUUGCAGUGGAAUCCCGUAUCCGACGCUUUCAAAUUUACAGUUCAUAUUCUUCCCGGCAACUGCACUAAACGCCAUCUUUUAUCCAGUCUCGCACGCAUUUUUGAUCCUCUUGGCAUAUUGACUCCGCUUACUUUUUUCAUAAAACAUUUAAUUCAACGCAUCUGGACUCUCAAGUUAGCUUGGGACGACGCACCGCCGAAUGAUAUUUUACGCGCUUGGAAUAUCUUCGCUAGGAAUCUUUCCGUUCUAAACGAUUUUUCGUUACCGCGCCGCCUCCUUUGCGAUAAUUUCCUCUCGUGUGAAAUUCAUGGUUUCGCUGACAGCUCCGAGAAGGGCUAUGCCGCCGUAGUUUAUUUGGUUUUUAGGUUCGCCUCGCUUGAACCACGCACGCAGUUUGUUUGUGCUAAAUCUAAAGUAGCACCGCUCAAGAAGAUUACGAUUCCAAGGCUGGAACUUUCUGCCGCAGUAUUGCUAACACGGCUCCUCAAUCUGGUUUGCCGAGUGUACAAAGACAAAAUUCCUUUUAAUCGCCUAUGUGCUUGGACAGACUCCCAGAUAGUUCUAGCUUGGAUCAAAUCUUCGCCGCAUCGUUGGAAGACAUUUGUCUCCAAUCGCGUAUCAUUUAUUCAAGAGCAUCUGCCCUCCUCGUCGUGGUACUAUGUUCCUUCCGGUCAGAAUCCAGCUGAUCUUGGGUCUAGAGGGGCAUACCCUCAGGAGUUACUGGUUAGUUCCCUAUGGUGGGCGGGACCCCCUUUUUUGAAGUCCGGCACGCCUCUCAAUAAUAAUCUGACGCCUUCUGUCCCUGCCUCCAUUCAGGACGAAGAACGCACGCAAUCGUGUAAUGCGAUAGUGACCACCUCUUUAUUGGACGAUUUAGUCAAUACGCACUCAUCACUGCCGAAGAUUAUUCGCAUUCUUUGUUAUUGGCGUCUCGCCCGAGUCCUACUUCUCCAUCCGGGACAAGAUGGCAUAGUUCGGGUUGUCACCUUGAAAACCGCCGGUGGAGUCCUAAAGCGCCCAGUGGCCAAACUUUGUCCACUCCCUGCAACUUUGCAUUUAAUUUGUAUCGCUUGGUUCAGUACUGCGCCCGCAACCCUCGCUACACUGGUGGCCGAUCUAUUGCGGCCCUUUUUUGCUUUUGGUGACCGCUUGAGUAGCAACAAGUCGAGUGGACUGGACGCGCAUUGUGUAGUCGUAGUCGUACCGGCAGCGACAUAA